GCAGGAUUUGAAAUAUAAAAUUAGUGUGUAAUAGAAUAUGUGGGCAACAAUAUAAUAGUGACAAAGAAAGGAGAACAAAAGCUAGUGGGAACUAUUUGUUCCUUUUCCUCAUAUAUAGGAGGCAGAGAGUUAGGAUCACCCCGGAACUCUCCUCCUGGGCAGCAGUGCGUAGUGGAGUGCCACAAUGCACAGUGCUCGAACCUCUCCUAUUUAUUUUGUAUAUCAGUGAGUUGUCUAUGCUCACCGAUUGCCCUAUGGUCCCAUACGCAGAUGACUUAAAAAUUUGGAGACAGCUGAAGGGCGAUAGUGAUAUGCUCACGUUGCAAAGGACCUCAACAAAUCGUCAGGGUGGUUCAGACAAUGGAUGCUCCCGAUCAAUGUAGCGAAAUGUGCAGCCAUGCGCAUCAGCUCCUGCGAACUAGAGGGGAUAACACUCCCAUCAUUUCAGACUCAUUUGGAUUUGGGUGUCAUAGUUAGCAACGAUUUAAAAACUGCAGCACACUGUCACGCAGUGUCUACAAGUAGUUUCAGAUCCUUAUGGGGAAUUCUCAGAGCCUUUGCUGGAAGUACCAGAGAUAUGUUCACCUCCUCAUAUAUAUCUCUGGUGAGGUCAAGAAUGGAAAACUGUAUCCAGGCAUCCAGUCCUUGUCUUAAAGGGGACUCACACAUUCUAGAAAGGGUUCAAAGGAAGUCAACACGUAUGGUUCUCGGCAUGAGUAACCUGUCAUACGAGGAAAGACCAGACAGUUUAAAUCUCUUCUCCGUGUCAUACCGUAGGCAGAGAGGAGAUUUAACCAUAAUGUUUUAA